AUGGCUCAACCUCUCCUGCUUUAUCAUUUCAGAAAAUUUGAAUUUAACCCCAAAGAUGGGAUUGACAACCCUGCCUUGUCGCUGGCUGAGGACAUGGAUGGCACAGGCGUGGGGCAGCCUCGCUUCUACCUCCUGAGCAAGGGCAGCGCCGAAGGCUUCGGCCUCCACGAGGAGCUGGGCUGCCGGGGCCACGUCGUCAGGCAGGUGGAGCUGGGGGGGCUGGCCCAGCACAGGGGGCUGCAGGAUGGGGACCGGCUCCUCCAGGUCAACGGCUGCUUCGUGGACCACCUGGAUCACCACAGGGUGGUGCAGCAGAUCAAGGCCCGCGGUAACCAGGUUCUGUCCGCUCCGCCCUGCUGCCGCGUCCCGCGGGACAAAAGCGGCUUUGGCUUCAGCGUGUCGGCUCCAGAAGGUGUGAAGGGCACCUUCCAGCUCUCGGUGCAGCAGGGUGGGCCAGCGGAGCGCGCGGGGGUCCCCCCAGGCUCCUGGCUCCUGGAGCUGAACGGGGCCAGCGUGAGGAGCUACUCGCACGGGCAGCUGGCCAGGAAGGUACUGGUUCCUGGCACAGGGGGUUUGGGGGCCAGAGCCAGCAGCACUGCUGAGCACCCUGCGUUCCCCUCCCAGCUGAAGCAGAGCGGUGGCAAGGUGACCCUGCUGGUGGCAUCCAGCUCGGUGGAGGAGUUCUACCGCCUGCGAGGGCUGCGGGUCACGGCCGCCUGGGCAGACACCUCCUGGCUGCCCUUCAAGGCCCGGGAGCUGCACAUGGUGAAGGGGCCAGAUGGCUACGGGUUCCUGCUCAAGGAGGGUGACUGCAGCUCAGGGGCCACAGGGCAGUUCCUGUGGGAUGUGGACGCAGGGCUGCCAGCCGAGCGGGCAGGGAUGAGGGAAGGGGACCGUCUGCUGGCUGUGAAUGGUGAGAGCAUCGAGGGGCUGGACCACCACCAGACGGUGCUCAGGAUCCGUGCCCACCAUGACCGGGUGACCCUGCUGGUCAUCGACCCCCUUGGUGAUGAGUUCUACCAGUCGAUUGGGCUGUCCCCUCUGCUGUCCUUUGAGAACAGUGACCCUGCCUCAGGCUCCCACACACCCCUCCUGCCCUCUCCCAGUGGCUCCCCUGGACUCUGUCACGUUGAGGUGGGACCAAAGGGACCUGGCUCCUGGCUGGUGGCUGCUUCCAACAGUAUAACAAUCACAGAG